CCGCGCCGCUGGACGCCCAUGCCCGGCCCGAGCCGCCCAGGGAUUGCUCAUGAGGCCUCUGGCGAGCGGGAGUAGGAAGAACCGCGGCGUAUCCCUGGGGCUCCUGGCCCUCUUCCUGGCCGCAGCCCGGUGUCUGCAAAGUCAGGGCGUGUCACUGUACAUCCCCCAGUCCGCCAUCAAUGCCACGGUGGAGGAGGACAUCCUGCUCUCGGUUGAGUACUCCUGCCAUGGCAUCCCCACCAUCGAGUGGAAGUAUACGUCUAACUGGGGAGCGCAGAAGAUCGUGGAGUGGAAGCCAGGGGCUCAGGCCAACAUCUCCCAGAGCCACAAGGACCGACUCUGCACCUUCGACAACGGCUCCAUCCAGCUCUUCAGUGUGGGCGUGAGGGAUUCCGGCUACUACGUCAUCACGGUGACGGAGCGCCUGGGGAGCAGCCAGUUUGGCACCAUCGUGCUGCACGUGUCAGAGAUCCUCUACGAAGACCUCCAUUUUGUUGCCGUCUUCCUCGCUUUUCUCGCUGCUGUGGCUGCGCUGUUAAUCAGCCUCAUGUGGGUGUGUAACAAGUGUGCAUACAAAUUCCAGAGGAAGAGAAGACACAAACUCAAAGAGAGCACCACCGAGGAGAUCGAGCUGCAUGAUGUGGAGUGUUAGCAAAGGCUGCGCCCAGUUACAUUCCUACCUCAGAGGGAAAGUGUUAUUUUUCCAACAAAAGGAGCCAGCAUGACGGAACCACCCUCCCAUCCUCCUGUUGGCCAGCCUUGACCAGCCAUUCCUGAAGGCGCUACGGCUGUGAACAAAAUCAACUGUGUGGAGUUGAGGACUUGGGUUGGACAAAAAGUCAGUUCUAGCACUCACAAGAAGUUCAGGGAGGCCUGGCUGCUUGCUCACUGCGCUCUGGGGCUGAGGCCAGGGCGCAUCCAGACUGAGCGUGCAGCCAGCCCUGAACAAGCUCUCUGUGUUCUUCCCGCCCAGCCUGUCCCUCCCACCUCUGCCGUGGGAGCUUCUGUGAAAAGUUCUGCCACGGUCUGCCUGCCAGGCAGAGGUGGAAGCUGCGAGGCUGCCGUUGGGCCCUAGUGAGGUGCUCAGAGCAGGGCCAGGCCCUGGGCCGGAAGCUUUAAGGCGAAGAGCUUCACUUGUGCCUGAGGGACCAGCACUGGAAACAGGAAUUAGGGAGAAGAUUGCCUUUCUCUUCCUCUCUUAUUCGGACAUUAAUUGGAUUUUCCCCUCCUAUGGCCUCAAUUUAGACCAGUGGGAGGAACCCGGAUAUUCUUAGCCACUUGUGGGCAGCAACUG